AUCAGUUAUAAGGCCAUACCCUCAACUUCCAUUUUCUGAUCUGGGCUGGAUCAUCAGUUUCAAAAGCGACGCCAAGCUAGACGGAUCAAACCUCCAAUAUCACGAUGAAAGUGAGCUGCCGAGUUCGAGGGGAUUGGUUCCAAGUUCCUUGCAAAGAUGGGGACAAAACUAUCCGGUGGUUGGGUGACGAGGCCUUGAAGCGUUUUUUGAAACUCAAGCCACCUUCGUAUGUGCCCAAUAAGGAGGAAGUGCUCCAUGAUAUCAGGAAAACGGUUGGCGGAGCCAUCUUGGAUCCCACGGACAAGAUAUCUGAUGUCUUGGACGACAAUGACUUUGUCUCGAUUGUGUUGGAAAGUGACCGUCCAAAUCCGCAAUUGAGUCGAGCCGAGAUCAAAUACGUUCCAGAGCAGAUUCCGGGUGGGAAGUUCCAGCUGCCCGAUGAAUACCUCUUUUUGGAUGGAAAUUCACUUUCCACGGAUGACCUCCUUCAAUUAGGCAAAGGUCGUUUCAAAAUCAAGCUCACAAAAGAGGCCGAGGAUCAAGUGGACAAAGCCAGACAAAUGGUGGACGAGAUCGUUCGCGAAAACAGGGUCGUUUACGGUAUCACGACUGGAUUUGGGAAAUUCGCUCGUACUGUCAUAGAUCCACUAAAGCUGAAGGAACUCCAAGAGAAUUUGAUUCGCUCUCACGCGGCCGGAGUUGGAAAGGCUCUGACGCCGCAAAACACGCGCAUGUUGUUGGCCUUGAGGAUCAAUGUUUUGGCCAAAGGCUAUUCUGGCAUACGACUUGGCACUCUCAAGCAGCUCAUUGACGCAUUCAAUGCGUCAUGUCUCUCUUGGGUCCCCGAACAAGGGAGUGUGGGAGCCAGUGGAGAUUUGGCACCUUUGGCUCAUUUGGCAUUGGGUAUGAUGGGUGAAGGCCGCAUGUGGAGUCCAGCCACUGGUUGGGGUGAAGCCAAAUACGUCCUUGAAAGCCACAACCUCACACCGAUCACCCUCAGCGCCAAGGAGGGUCUCGCCUUGAUCAAUGGCACUCAAUUGAUUACCUCCAUUGGGGCUGAAGCCGUGGAACGGGCGGGCAUUAUCGCUCGACAAGGCGAUGUGGUGGCGGCUUUGAGUUUGGAGGUUCUCAAGGGCACUUCCAGAGCAUUUGACAGCGAUGUUCAAAAUAUUAGACCUCAUAAAGGUCAGGCCUUGGUGGCGAGAAGAUUGAGGUCGCUUCUUCACUCGGAAACGUACCCUUCAGAGAUUGCCCAAAGCCAUCGGUUCUGUAACCGAGUUCAAGAUGCCUACACAUUGCGAUGUUGUCCACAAGUUCAUGGAAUUGUACACGAUACCAUCGAGUUUGUUCGAGGGAUCAUCACCACUGAAAUGAAUAGUGGCACUGAUAACCCGAUUGUCUUUGCCGAAAGAAAAGAAACCGUCUCCGCCGGAAAUUUCCAUGGGGAGUAUCCUGCUAAGGCUUUGGACUAUUUAGCCAUCGGGAUUCAUGAAUUGGCCUCCAUGAGUGAGAGAAGAAUCGAACGAUUGGUUAACCCAGCUUACAGCGAGUUGCCAGCAUUUUUGAUUAAAGAAGGCGGACUAAAUUCAGGAUUCAUGAUUUCUCAUGUGACAUCUGCGGCUCUCGUGUCGGAAAACAAGACCUUGUGCCAUCCAGCUAGUGUGGAUUCACUUUCGACUAGUGCAGGAACUGAAGACCACGUGUCCAUGGGCGGUUUUGCCGCACGUAAAGCCUUGCAAGUGGUGAGAAAUGUGGAGAAGGUCAUCGCAAUUGAAUUACUGGCUGCUUGCCAAGCCAUCGAGUUUUUAAGGCCACUCAAGACCACUUUCCCCUUGGAGGAAGUCUACAAAGUGGUUCGAUCCGUGGUCAGUCCAUUGGAUAAGGAUCGUUACAUGUCACCAGACAUUUUGGCCGUCACCAGCUUAUUGAAAGAGGAGAAGAUUUGGAACGCUGCCAAAUUUCACAUGGAGAACUAUCAUUCCUCACAAGCGGUGGAAACUCGAGUGUUUAGCCCAUCUACGUACACUUUUGGUGGGGAUCGACCCUCGGCCUCAGAAAGCCUUCAGGAAGACAAGAAGAGCAAGCGAAAAGUUUCCGAGGGCAAGAUCCUUCCGCCUCCUGGAACGAAACGCUCGAAAAAAAGCAGCUUCCAAUAACGGAGCGAACAAGAAUUAGUCCCCGUUCGUGUUGUAGUAGAACCCUUGGUAGAUCUGAAUGGUCUCAAAUAUCUUCUCAUCCAAUGAUUAGUUAUCUUCUCAUGAUCAAUUCGACCUCAUUAUAUCGGAUGUUUUAUUU